CAAACAUACAUAAUCGCACGCUAAGCAACAGCAAAUGACCUCUAUAUGAUUGAGUCCAUUCCGUUCCAGUACAAAACGAGCCUCGAUCCCCACGCCAUCGCCGGCCAUUGUUAGUACUACUACAUCCUCGCCAUCCUAGUUGAUCAGCAGCGCCACCUGACCUCAAGAGUAGCAGUGUCAUGGCAGAGGGAUCGGCCAUGUAGAAGCAGGAGAGGCAACCGGAGGUAGACGACGAUGGUGGUGCACGUGGUGCUACUGGCCGUGCCGGCGGCGGCGUGCGGGUUCAUGCACGCGUUCAAGCUCGCCGUGCUGCUGUGGCCGUUCAACCUCGCGCUGCCGCAGCUGCGCCAGGUGCCGCGCGUCUGCAUAACGCUCCGGGCCGCGGCGUCGCACUACGCCGCCGAGCUGCGCGAGUACCUGGCCGCCGGCAACCACCGCAACUCCUACUACGACCUCCGCGGCGUCGGCGUGCAGGGACGGUCGGCGGAGCGGCUCCUCGCGCACGCCAUGAUCUCCCUCGUCGACAUCUCCUACUGAUCGAUGUCGGUGGAUCUGUUUGAUUCUGGCCAUCUGGCGGUGCACAUCACCGUACUUCUUCCGUUUCGGCGGAGGUGCUUCUUGCUUCUUGGAUAGGUUCGUUCAGAAAUUCCUUUCGAUCCUGCUGCACAUAGUUUAGGCACCGUAGUUCUUCCGUUUCUUUUCCCCUGCUUUCGUCGGCUGCGGUCAUCAGCUCAUUGUAAUGAGAAAUGGUGUUUUGUGAAAUGCGAAGAAGCUAAAAUCAGGAGAUGCUCGGUUUGCACGA